CAAAGCGCGGAAGAGCCGGGGAGGGUUCGGGGGCGUGUCCAAACAGCCACCCCGCCCAGGGUUCGUCCUCCUCCUCAGCUUCCCUGUCAGCUCCUCGACGCUUCUCAGCUCCUGGAGAGGCUGCUGUAGCUGCGGUUAGGGCUCAGAAGGAAGGCGAGUCCCGAGAGGCUAGAGAGCCGCGGUGUUCGGAGUCUCGGCCAGCAGGCGCCCACCAAGCGGCCACUGAAUGUUUGUUUGCUACUAAUGGGUGUAAGCAAGUUAGAUAUUCUAUAUAGAAGACUUCUCCUUACAAAACUUUUUAUCAGAGGAUGGGGAAGGCCAGAGGAUCUCAAAAGACUCUUUGAAUUCAGAAAGAUUAUUGGAAAUCGAGAAAGAUGUCAGAAUCUGGUUUCAAGUGAUUAUCCAAUAUACAUCGAUAAGAUUGAAGAGCAGUCAGACUGUAAGAUCCUAGAUGGACACUUUGUUUCCCCCAUGGCCCACUAUGUGCCUGAUAUCAUGCCAGUUGAAUCUGUUAUUGCAAGGUUCCAAUUUAUUGUGCCUAAAGAAUGGAACAGCAAAUAUAGACCUGUAUGCAUUCAUCUUGCUGGAACAGGAGAUCAUCAUUACUGGAGACGACGAACACUAAUGGCUCGUCCUAUGAUUAAAGAAGCCCGAAUGGCUUCUUUGCUGUUAGAAAACCCUUAUUAUGGCUGCAGGAAACCCAAGGACCAAAUAAGGUCCAGCUUAAAAAACGUGUCUGAUCUUUUUGUGAUGGGAGGAGCUCUUGUUUUAGAAUCUGCAGCUCUCUUGCACUGGCUGGAGAGGGAGGGUUAUGGACCUCUAGGAAUGACCGGAAUAUCCAUGGGAGGACACAUGGCUUCCUUAGCAGUAUCCAGCUGGCCUAAGCCCAUGCCACUGAUUCCAUGUCUGUCUUGGUCCACAGCAUCUGGGGUCUUCACUACGGGCGUGCUAAGUAAAUCGAUUAACUGGAGGGAGCUAGAAAAGCAGUAUUAUACACAGACAGUUUAUGAAGAAGAAAUUAUUCACAUGCUUGAAUAUUGUGGAACAGAUUCUUUCAAAAUGGGACAAGAGUUCCUGAAACACUUCCCUAGCAGUGCAGACAAGCUAACUAACCUUAACCUGGUUUCUAGAACUUUAAAUUUAGAUAUGGCGGACAAAGUUGUGUCCCAAAAAGCUGCUGAGUGCCAUAAAUCUAGUAAAACAUCUAUCAGUGCCACAUCAGAAGGACUCUUGCUGCAAGAUACCUCUAGGAUGGGGUGCUUCAAUCAAACACUUUCAACCAACAAAAGUAGUUAUACGCGUUGUAAUCCUCAGUCACGCCACCUACUCAGUAAAGAACGAAGAAGAAACAGUCUUCAGAAAGAAUCUUUAAUAUUUAUGAAAGGAGUUAUGGAUGAAUGUACUCAUGUAGCAAAUUUCUCAGUUCCAGUUGACCCAAGCCUCAUCAUAGUGGUUCAAGCCAAAGAAGAUGCCUAUAUUCCACGAACAGGAGUUCGAAGUCUACAAGAAAUUUGGCCUGGUUGUGAAAUCCGAUAUCUAGAAGGGGGUCAUAUUAGUGCUUAUCUUUUUAAACAAGGACUCUUCAGGCGCGCCAUCUAUGAUGCAUUUGAACGCUUCCUCCGUAAAUACACUAACUAAUGGGAUCACAUAUGUAACCAGUGCAGCCAUCAUGUUUCUUACGGAAGGAGUUUGAUCCUUUGAUGAUGUGAAGAACAAGCAGACAGCACUAUAUAUCUAACUGCUGUCAAUUUAGUCUGGAAUUCAGUGUUACAGAUCAGUCAACUAUAAUCUUUAAAUACAUUUGAAUAAUUGUAAACCAAUAUUUGGAUGAAAUAAUGCUGAACUGUUUUGUACUGUUUGUGGGAAUCCCAUAAAAUCAAUA